AUGUCAAAACCAGAUGAUCUCCCUCCCAUGCAGUACCGCUUUCUCGGAAAGUCGGGCCUGCAAGUAUCUGCCAUCUCGCUCGGCGGAUGGCUCACGUACGGUGGCCACGUUGACCGCGAGGGUACCUAUGCCUGCAUGAAGGCUGCAUACGACUGCGGCGUCAACUUUUUCGACUGCGCCGAGGUGUAUGCCGGCGGCGAGAGCGAAAAGGUCAUGGGCGAGGCCAUUAAAAAGUACGGCUGGAAGAGAAACGACCUCGUCAUCUCUACCAAGAUCUACUGGGGCGCCGCCUUUGGCGACAACCCCGUCAACAACAAGGGCCUGUCGCGCAAGCACAUCAUCGAGGGCGUCGACGCCUCCCUCAAGCGUCUCGAGCUCGACUACGUCGACCUCAUCUACGCGCACCGCGCCGACCGCCAGACGCCCAUGGAAGAGACGGUGCGCGCCUUCAACCACGUCAUCAACACCGGCAAGGCGCUCUACUGGGGCACGUCCGAGUGGCGCGCCGACGAGAUUGCGCAGGCGCACCGCGUCGCCGACCGCCUGGGCCUCAUCGGCCCCAUCAUGGAGCAGCCGGCCUACAACAUGCUGGACCGGGCCAAGGUCGAGGGCGAGUUUGCGCUGCUCUACCGCGAGCCGGGCCUCGGCCUCACCGUCUUCUCCCCGAUGAAGCAGGGCAUCCUCUCGGGCAAGUACAAGGACGGCGUGCCCGACGACUCGCGCUUCGCCCAGACCGGCGUCCAGUACAUUGCCGGCUACUGGAAGCGCGUCGGCAAGGAGGGUUGGGACAAGGUCAUUGCCCAGGUCAACCAGCUGCAGCCCAUUGCCGACCGCCUCGGCGUCAAGAUGAGCACCCUCGCGCUCGCCUGGGUACUGCGCAACCCGAACGUCAGCUCUGCGAUUACGGGCGCCAGCGGGCCCGAGCAGGUGUAUGAGAAUGUGCGCGCGGUUGCGGCCGUCGAGAAGCUGACGCCGGAGAUAAUGGCCGAGAUUGAUGAGAUUCUCAACAACAAGCCUCCCACGAUUAACGAGAGAGAGUAA